AUGGCUAUAAACUUCUCAUUUCUUCGCAUCGACGAUAAAGAUCAUGAAGAAAAGACGGAAGAAACUUUUUCUGUGGUAGAAUCGUUCGAGGAUAGAACCGAUUGUCUAAAGAAAAUAAUUUCUGAAUUCGAAGAACAUCUAGCCAAAAGUGUUGAUCAUUCUUUAGGCUAUCCCUUGAACCUAAAUUGCAACCCUUACAUUGCGUUGUCUCCGUUGUUUUGUUUCCAUAUCAAUAAUUGUGGCGAUGCAUUCAACGAGAGCAACUUUUCAUCUAACUCGAAGAGGUUCGAAUUAGGAGUUUUGAAUUGGUUUGCGCGGCUAUGGGAAAUAAGGAAGAAUGAAUAUUGGGGCUACAUAACUAAUGGAGGGACAGAAGGCAAUCUCCAUGGAAUUCUUCUAGGGAGAGAACUUUUACCGGAUGGAAUUUUAUAUGUAUCUAAAGAGACGCAUUAUUCAAUAUUUAAGAUAGCAAGAAUGUAUCGAAUGGAUUGCAAGGUGAUCGACGCUUCGAUUAAAGGAGAAAUAGACUGUAAUGACCUCAAAGAAAAACUAAAACAAAAUAAGGACAAGCCCGCCAUCAUCAAUGUUAAUAUAGGAACCACUUUUAAAGGAGGCGUAGACAAUCUUGAUCUUGUCAUCGAAACAUUAUAUGAAUGUGGCUUCUCAGAGAAUCGAUUUUAUAUCCAUUGUGAUGCAGCUCUAUACGGGCUUAUGUUGCCUUUACUUGAACAGGAGCCAAGCUUAAGUUUCAAAAAGCCAAUUGGAAGCAUUGCCGUGUCCGCGCACAAACUAUUGGGUUCCCCAAUGCCUUGUGGCGUGCUUAUGACGAGGAAAAAGUAUAUCUCCCUUUUGGCGACAAGAAUCGACUAUAUAGCUUGUUUAGACACCACAAUAAGUGGGAGUCGAAAUGGUCAUGCAGCGGUCUUCAUGUGGUAUGGUCUAAACAUUAAAGGCCUUAUGGGACUUAAAAGAGAAAUAAACGCGUGCUUGAAGAAUGCUCGCUAUUUGAGGGACGGGCUUAGGAAUGCCGGCAUUAGUACAAUGCUAAAUGAUAAUAGCAACAUCGUUGUUUUUGAGCGCCCUUUGGAGAAAUAUUUUAAAAAUAAUUGGGAGCUCUCUUGUGUCGGGAAUAUGGCGCAUGUCGUUGUUAUGCAACAUGUUACUACACAAGUGUUGGACGAGUUUCUUGAGGAUCUUGUCCGACAUAGAAGCUCGUGGUAUGGAUCAUUUGAUGACGUUCGACCUCCUUGCAUUGCCGAGGAAAUAGGAACUUCGAAUUGCGCUUGCUUUGAGCAUGGAAAAGGGUUCGAAACUUCGAUGUUUUAA